AUGUCUUGCCAGUCAUUCUGUGCUAGUACUAGAGGGGGUGGUGCAGUCAGGAAUUACAGCUCAUCCUCAGCUGUGGUACCAAGGAAUGUGAAACGCUACAGUGCCGUUAGCACCGUCUCAUACAAAGGGGGCAGCAGUGUGGGCCCCCGAGGGCUAGGAUUUGGUAGCAGAAGUCUUUCUGGUGUUGCGUCCUGCAGGCCCAGAAUAGCUGCUGGCAGCUACCGCCCAGUGAGAUAUGGAUAUGGUCUGGGGGCCGCUGGUUUUGGACAUGGCUAUGGUACUUCCAGCUUUGGCUACAGGGUUGGCGGAGUCAGUGGGACUUGCUCACCAGGCAUUGCGCCUGUCACGGUCAACCCUCACCUCCUCCAGCCUCUCCACCUGGACAUUGACCCCAACGUCCAAAUGGUGAAACAACAGGAGAAAGAGCAGCUGAAGACCCUCAACAACAAAUUCGCUUCAUUCAUUGACAAGGUCCGCUUCUUGGAGCAACAAAACAAGGUGCUGGAGACAAAAUGGAGCUUACUGCAAGAGCAGAAACGAGUCAGGAGCAACAUAGAGCCCUUGUUUGAUGGGUUUAUCAAUAACCUGAGGAGGCACCUGGAGGGUCUCGCAUGCGACCGAAGUAAGCUGGAGACUGACCUGACCAACUCAAGAGAUGUACUGGAGGAUUACAGGAGAAAGUAUGAAGAGGAGUGCAAUGGACGAACCCGUGCUGAGAAUGAAUUUGUAACACUUAAAAAGGAUGUUGACUGCAUAUACAUGAACAAGGCUGACCUGGGAGCGAAAGUGGAAAGCUUAAUUGAGGAGAUCAACUUUCUGAGAUGCUUGUACGAGGCGGAACUCCAGGAACUCCAUGCCUGUAUCUCAGAUACCUCUGUUAUUGUGCAAAUGGAUAACAGCCGAGCCCUAGAUUUGGAUGACAUUAUUGCUGAGGUCAAAGCCCAGUAUGAAGACAUCGCAAACAGGAGCCGCUUUGAGGCAGAGUCAUGGUACCAGUGCAAGUAUGAAGAGAUGAGGGCAACAGCUGGCAAGCACUGUGACAACCUACGUGACACAAAGAACGAGAUCAUGGAGUUGAACCGCAUGAUACAGAGGCUGAAGGCUGAAAUUGACAGUGCCAAAGGGCAGCGCAGCAAACUGGAGGCUGCCAUUGCAGAAGCAGAAGAUCGUGGAGAGAUGGCUCUCAAAGAUGCUAAGUGCAAGCUAACAGAGCUAGAAGAUGCCCUGAUGAAGGCCAAAGCAGACAUGGCCCGACAGCUGCGGGAAUACCAGGAGCUCAUGAAUGUCAAGCUGGCCCUGGAUAUUGAGAUUGCCACCUACAGGAAGCUGUUGGAAGGAGAGGAGAGCAGGUUGUGUGGUGAAGGGGUCUGCCCCGUGAAUAUCUCAGUGUGUCGGACCCAGGGAGGAGCUAUGUAUGAUUCUGAUCCUUGUAUCGGUGGAGGAUAUGCUUCGAGCAGCAGGACCAUAGUCCGAGGUGGAGGGAUUGUUGGAAGAGGCAUCAUGGCUGGUGGCAGUGAACUGGGUGCCCCUUGCCUAUCAGUUGGGGCACACAGUGCGGGAAGUGCAAAAAGCUCUAAUGUCAAAUUUGUGUCCACUUCCACUUCUUUUAGAACAAAAUAUUAA